AUGGAUCUUUUACUGCUAUUGUCUUUCGUUUUCAUUGUUGCAUUUAUCCUUGAUCGGCUGUUCAGGAAAUUGAAAAUCGGCGAUUUCGAAUCACGUUAUGUACUUAUUACCGGAUGUGAUUCCGGUUUCGGACAUGAACUGGCUAAGAAGCUGGAAAAAUUAGGAUUUAAUGUGUUUGCCGGUUGUCUGACAAAGGCUGCAGUUGAGAAAUUUAAUCAAACAAGUUCUUCUAAGUUGAAAGCGAUAGAAAUGGACGUAUCGAAGGAUACCGGCAUUGAAAAGGCAAUGGAAAUUUUACAGCGGACACUCCCAGGGGGAAAGGGACUGUGGGCAGUUGUGAACAAUGCUGGUAUUUUGGGUGGAAUUGGGUCGAUUAAACUUCACACAAGACAGGACUACGAAAACACACUUGCUGUAAAUCUGUACGGCGUUAUCAUGGUAACGAAAGCAUGCAUGCCAUUAGUUUUGAAAGAAAAGGGGCGUAUUGUUAAUACAGCUAUGUUUUGGGAAGAAUCGCGUUUUUUAAACUCAUCCUACUGCAUAUCCAAAUAUGGUGUAGAGGCCUUCUCUGAUGUCCUCAGGCGAGAGCACUAUAGAACAGGCGUGAAGGUACAAAUUAUUGAGCCCGGGGCUUUUAAAACGCCCAUAUUUGGCAGAGGAUAUAUCAGGCGAAUGGCCGAAAACAAGGUGGCAAGUUUACCAGCUGAGAUCAGAUCUCAACUUCCUAACGACGCCGUUGGCCAGCUGGAAGGAUCCAUUCAUCGGUUAGAGGAAACAGGGUCAACAAACAUUCAUAUUGUCGUAGAUGCCUAUAUUCAUGCUAUCACAGCCAAAUUUCCGAAAAAGAGAAUACCGAUGCUUGUAUACAAACUGGAUGUUUUAGAUUUAGAGCACUACUUCAGGCGCUCCACUUGUUGCGAUACUCAGCCAAAAGUGAGAUUCUGUUGUGCAUGCAAGUUUCUACAGCAACUACCGAGCGCUCGUAUUCUACAAACAUACCUACAUGUCACUUUGCUCAUUGAACCUAAGUAA